GUGGAGUCCUCGUGUGUCACUCUUCCUGACUUGCUCACUCCCCUGUCCGCUUUCGCUCUGCUCGCCUCUGCUUCGGGCUGGUCGUCGCCGUCGGCGAGCGAGAUCACACGCCACUAGCGGGAUGUCGCCGUCGUCCUCGGCGGCGAAGGUCGUCGCCUUCGUCGGCGCCGACGGGCUGAGCGCCGCGCUCGCCGCUUCUUUCACCCGCUCCGGCGCGAUCGUCCGCUUCUACAUCGACCCCAAGGCGGAUGGAUCGGCGGCGACGGCGCUCGCGGAGCAGGGCGGCGGCGUCCGAUGCGCCAGCCCCGCCGAAGCCACGCGAGAUUCUGCGCUGGUCGUUGUGCUCAGUGACGCCGAUGGUGUAGAUGAGUUGUUCUUUGGAGCUCAGGGUAUAGUGAAAGGAUUGUGCAAAGAGGCCAUUGUAUUAAUUCGAUCGACGUUGGUGCCUAGUCAUCUUGAGAAGUUGGGCCAGAAGCUUGCAGAUGAGAAGAAGGGUAUCUUCCUUCUUGAUGCUUACAUUUUUAGUGGUUUAUCUGAUGAACUGAAACAAAAUAUUGUCGUUGUUGCAUCUGGGAGAAAGGAUGUAGCAGAAAGAGCUGGACAGUUCUUCUCCGGUCUUGACAAAACCAUUUACUUUGUCGAAGGUGAAUUUGGCUGCAGCAGCAAAAUUAGGUUGGUUAAUGAUUUGCUGGAGAGCAUUCAUUUUGUUGCUUCUACUGAAGCAAUGUUUAUUGGUGUUCGAGCUGGGAUUCAUCCAUCAAUUAUCUACGACAUAAUAUCAAAUGCUGCAGGAAGCUCAAGGAUUUUUGUGGAGGUGGUCCCGAAAAUUUUGAGUGAAGAUCCAUUGCUUAUUGAUUUUCUGAAGUCACUAAAGAAACAUGCAAGCUACGUGAUGGAUACGGCUAAAGCAGCAACGUUCCCUCUGCCACUUCUAGCUGUUGCCUAUCAACAAUUAAUACAUGGUUCUUCAGGAGUAAUUAGAGAUGAAUCCGCUUCGCCGUUGAAGGUUUGGGAACAACUAUUUGGAGUAAACAUCGUAGAUGCUGCCAGUCAACAAAUCUAUGACGCAAGCAAAUUAGCUGACCAGCUUGUUAUGGCCUCGAAAGCAGCAAAGAGGAUCGGCUUUAUUGGUCUUGGAGCUAUGGGCUUUGGAAUGGCAUCUCAUUUGUUAAAAUCAGGGUUCUCCAUAACUGCUUAUGAUGUCUACAAGCCAACACUGGCCAGGUUUGCUGCUUUAGGUGGAUUGACUAAAGAUUCUCCUGAGGAAGUAUCAAGAGAUGCGGAAAUCCUUAUCAUCAUGGUUGCAAAUGAAGUUCAAGCUGAAAGUGUCCUAUAUGGAAAUGCUGGUGCUGUGUCAGGUUUGCCAGCAGGAACAUCCAUCAUUCUGUCAUCUACAGUUUCUCCUGGCUUUGUGACUCAACUCAAAGGAAGAUUGGAAGCUGAAUGCCGAGAGAUAAAGUUGGUUGAUGCUCCGGUAUCUGGUGGUGUCAAGAGAGCAGCGGACGGGACACUAACUGUAAUUGUUUCGGGAACAGAUGAAGCUCUGCAUUGUACGGGUAGAGUUUUGUCAGCACUAAGUGAGAAACUAUAUCUCAUCAAAGGAGGAUGCGGAGCUGCGAGUUCUGUUAAAAUGGUGAACCAACUUCUUGCUGGGGUCCAUAUAGCCUCAGCAGCUGAAGCAAUGGCGUUUGGUGCUCGAUUAAAUUUGCGAACAAGAAGAGUUUUCGAAAUUAUUCAACAUGCAAGAGGUUACUCGUGGAUGUUUGGAAACCGUGUGCCACACAUGCUUGAUAAUGAUUAUACACCUUUAUCUGCGGUGGACAUAUUCGUCAAGGAUCUUGGUAUAGUAUCUCGUGAAAGCUCCAACUUGAGGAUCCCAUUGCAUGUCUCUAGUGUUGCUCAUCAGCUGUUUGUUUCAGGCUCUGCUUCUGGAUGGGGUCGAUAUGAUGAUAGUGCUGUUGUAAAGGUAUAUGAGACAUUAUCUGGAGUAAAAGUAGAAGGAAGACCACCCAUGCUUAAUAAAGAAGAUGUUCUGCGUUCUCUUCCUGUUGAGUGGCCAGAAGUUCCAAUGGAUGAUCUUGUUUCCUCUGCAUCUCAUGAUAGCAAAAAGGUUCUUGUAGUUUUAGAUGAUGAUCCAACUGGAACUCAAACAGUUCACGAUAUAGAGGUCUUAACUGAAUGGCCAGUUGAAGCCCUCACAGAGCAGUUUCUGAAACUACCAACCUGCUUUUUUAUUUUGACAAACUCCCGUUCAAUGAUUGCUAAUAAGGCCGCACUGUUAGUAAAAGAUAUCUGCAGAAAUCUUGAAGCUGCAGCAAAGACUGUCCCUGGUAUUAGUUAUACAGUGGUCUUGCGAGGUGAUUCCACUCUACGUGGCCAUUUCCCAGAGGAAGCUGAUGCAGUUGUUUCAGUAUUAGGUGACAUGGAUGCUUGGAUAAUAUGCCCAUUCUUCCUUCAAGGUGGGCGGUACACUAUUGAUGAUAUUCAUUAUGUUGCAGACUCUGAAAGAUUGAUUCCUGCUGGUGAGACUGAGUUUGCCAAGGAUGCAGCUUUUGGCUAUACAUCUUCCAAUCUCAAACAGUGGGUUGAAGAAAAGACUAAAGGAGGGAUUUUGGAGAACCAAGUUUCAACAAUUUCCAUAAGUCUUUUACGUAAAGAAGGACCAGAUGCAGUCUGUCAGCUUCUCUGCAGCUUGGAGAAGGGCUCUGUGUGUAUUGUCAACGCUGCCAGUGAAAGGGACAUGAAUGUCUUUGCUGCUGGAAUGAUCCAGGCUGAAUUGCAAGGAAAGCGGUUUCUGUGCCGCACAGCUGCAAGUUUUGUGAGUGCUAGAAUUGGAAUCAAGCCAAAGCCACCUAUCCGCCCAAAUGACCUUGGAUUAAAAAGAAAUUUAGCGGGAGGCCUCAUAGUUGUUGGUUCUUAUGUGCCAAAAACUACGAAGCAGGUCGACAAGCUUCGUUCACAAUGCGCACAAUCCCUCAGAGUGAUAGAGGUAUCCGUUGAGAUGAUCUCACUGAAAUCAACUGAGGAGAGAGACCAAGAAAUCAGCAGAAUUGUUGAAUUGGGAAAUGCUUAUAUACAGUCCGGGAGAGACACGCUAGUCGUCACCAGCCGCCAACUCAUUACCGGAAAAACUCCUGAAGAAAGCUUAGAAAUUAAUUACAAAGUGAGCUCAGCACUAGUAGAGAUUGUGCGAAGAAUUGAUAGUCGACCCCGUUACAUCCUUGCAAAGGGAGGAAUCACUUCAUCUGAUCUUGCUACAAAAGCUUUGGAAGCUCGGCGUGCCAAAGUAAUGGGACAAGCUUUAGCUGGUGUGCCUUUGUGGCAGCUUGGCCCUGAGAGUAGACAUCCUGGUGUCCCCUACAUUGUUUUUCCUGGUAAUGUUGGUGAUAACAGUGCUCUUGCAGAAGUGGUCCAGAAUUGGGCUUGCCCUUCUAGAAGUUCAACAAAAGAACUUCUCCUUAACGCGGAGAAGAGUGGCUAUGCAGUUGGUGCUUUCAAUGUAUAUAAUCUUGAGGGAAUUGAAGCUGUAAUUGCAGCUGCUGAGGCUGAAGAAAGUCCUGCUAUCCUGCAGGUUCAUCCCAGUUCCCUGAAGCAAGGUGGAGUUCCGUUGGUAGCAUGCUGCAUUGCUGCAGCAGAACGAGCCAACGUACCUAUCACCGUCCAUUAUGAUCACGGGGCUGACAAGCAUGAUUUGCUUGGGGCUCUUGAAAUGGGAUUUGAUUCAGUCAUGGUGGAUGGUUCCCAUCUAACUUUAGAAGAGAACAUCUUAUACACAAAGAACAUAUCUUCCCUGGCUCAUGCUGAAGGCAUGCUUGUGGAAGCUGAACUUGGGAGACUAUCAGGCACUGAAGAUGGCCUGACAGUUGAAGAAUAUGAAGCGAGAUUUACUGAUAUUGCUCAGGCUGAGCAGUUUAUUGAUGAAACUGGUAUUGAUGCAUUAGCAGUAUGCAUUGGGAAUGUUCAUGGAAAAUAUCCUCCCAGUGGACCAAACCUGAGACUUGAUUUGCUAAAGGAACUUCGCGCAUUAACUAUGAAGAAAGGAGUUAGCUUGGUACUUCAUGGAGCAUCUGGCCUCCCCCAUGAACUUGUAAAGGAAUGCAUAGAUUUGGGGGUGAGGAAAUUCAACGUGAACACGGAGGUCCGCAACAGCUACCUGCAGUCACUCAAGAAGCCAGAAAAAGACCUGGUUCAGGUCAUGGCGUCCGCCAAGGAAGCAAUGAAAGCUGUUGUAGCAGAGAAGAUGCGCCUCUUCGGAUCCGCAGGCAAAGCCUGAAUGUAGCGAUACAAUGAAAACUGGAGCCAGCAACACUCCACCAUUAGGGGUGUUGCAUGGCCAUUUUAGCGAUCCUGCUAGGCUUGUGACAGCGAAUUGCCCGAACCAGUUUCGUAAUAAAACACUGAUACAGUUGCGUGAAGAAAUAAAGUAACAAAAAAUAGUAAAUCGCAGCAA